GCCUCCGCAGUCUUCCUAAAAGUAAUAUCGAUUCAGUUUGAUCGUUGAAUCGCCGACAAUUGAUAUAUAGCCCGGAUAUCGCCGCGUACGCCGGCAACCCGCAAGUCUUCCGAAAGACUUGCCGACACAAUGGCCGUCAUCGACCAGGAUAACUUCUCCAACAUCUCGUGGCAGAUCGAGACCAACAACGGCCCCGAAGCUGCCGAGUCGAGCGCUUCUUUGCCAAACAUCGAGGCUGAGCCGCCGAGCGCCGAGGACCAACAUCAUGGUCAAGAUCUAGAACGCCAGGACCCCGGCCUUUCCGGUGAUAUCCUCGAGUGUACCGUGUCGGAGCCCCGCAAGGAGAGCGAUGGUACCAAGGAUGCUUUUGUAUCAUAUCUGAUCACUACGAAUUCAACAUUUCCUUCCUUCCAGAAACCGACCUUCACCUGUCGCCGACGCUUUACCGACUUCCUGUUUCUCUCCAAGACAUUGUCAAAAGACUAUCCGGCAUGUGCCGUACCUCCACUGCCCGAUAAGCAGCGUAUGGAGUAUGUUCGAGGAGAUCGCUUUGGUCCAGACUUCACAAACCGCCGAGCUUAUUCGCUCCAGCGUUUCUUGUCACGCAUAACUCUCCACCCCAUCUUACGACGCGCCCCCAUUUUACACACCUUCCUUGAAUCGCCUGAUUGGAACGCUACGAUGAAGUCUCGCGCUGGUAGGACAAGCAUUACUUCUGAGCAAGGGAGCGGUGGCGUGUUCGACAAUUUCGCGGAUACAUUCAUCAAUGCUUUCACAAAGGUACAUAAGCAUGACAAGCGGUUCAUCGAGGUGCGGGAGAAGAGCGAUAAGCUGGAUGAGGAUCUUGCUCAGGUUGAAAAAGUUGUGGCUCGUGUCGUGCGGCGUGAAACCGACCUAGAAACCGACCUGCGUGAUCUUACAGAACAAUUCCAAAAACUGGUCACAUUAGAACCUGGUGUUGAAUCUGCCGUACACGGCUUUGCCGCUAGUAUCGAAGAUUCAGCCACAGGGCUCAGAAAACUACGGGAGCAUACGGACCAGGAUUACCUUGGCAGCCUACGAGAUAUGCAAGCAUAUAGCCUUGCCCUUAAAAAUCUUCUUAAAGCACGUGAGCAGAAGCAGCUAGAUCACGAACAGCUGACGGAGUAUCUCAACAAGUCGACAAUAGACAGGGAUUCACUAGCCUCAGGGCACGGAAGCUCUGGCGCACUGGGUGGCGCUGGCGGCUUCAUACGGUCCAAAAUCGAGGACGUUCGUGGCGUGGACCAUGAGGCGAGUCGGCGCGAACGUCAACGUAAACUUGAGAUUCGCAUCGACGAGCUGACGACAGAAGUGGAACGUGCGAAAAAGACGUCAGAAAUGUUUGAUGAGGAGGUCGUUAAAGAGGUAGUUGAUUUCGAGCGUAUCAAGCGCAUUGAACUUAAGAAUCAGCUCGGGGCUCUUGCUGGCGCCCACGUCGACUUCUAUGGGGGUAUUGUUGAUGUAUGGGAGCAGUACAUUCGCGAUACAGAAAAGGAAGGCACGAAGCCACCAAAAUCUUCCGGUGGUAGUUGAUAUUUCGAAAUCUGCUAGGUUGUAAGACGCUUUAAGUACUGGUGGCGUGACACUAUUUCACAGACGUCUACUAAUGCCGACUAGGUAGUGAUCUAGAAAAGUGUUGGUGCCGAAUUGGAAGGUGUCACUGGCAUUACAAUUAACCUGGAUGCGGCGUUUUUACAGAACUAUAACAUAUGAGUAAGGGUUCUGAGAAUAGAAGCCGGUUCUUAUCAUGACGAACAGAGCACAGCCCAGUUUCACAAUCAAACACUGUACUGUAUAUAGUAGACUGGUACUCGCAGAAAUAAUGAUCAGUUAAUGGCAGUUUGUCUAACUCCCCGGGGUUAUAGAUGAAUGAAUUGUGUAGAUGCCAUAUCCUGUAGCUUUCACUGAGACUAGGUGUAUGCUUUGAUUCACAGAUCGCGCUUUGAAGGCCUAUUGUCUUGCAUUGACCAUUGUUAUAUUCUGCACCCUACCAUGGACUAUUUUUUCCUCGGUGCGCGGGGAAACAAAUGGCUAAUAAGCUGCAAGCGAGAAGUGAGCUUGACCAAUCGGUUCAAAC